AUGCCACCUAAAAAAUCUAAAAAUGAUUCCAAAGUGUUAAAGACUGAUUCUAAACUAUUGAAGAAAUUCAAGUUUCCUGAUAAUUUCAAUAAUUUGCUGAUUAAUUAUUCUAAACAAUUCUUUAAACCUCAACCAGAAACUUUAAUCAGUGAUCAAAUAAUAAUAGUGGAAAAGUUUUUUAGUAAUGAACUCUGCAAUGAACUAAUUAAGUCGUUUGAAAGCUCUCCUGACUUAAAAAUGGAAACAACGCCGUUGAUUAAAAGUAAAGACUACGCUGCAAGGUUUAAUGACAGAGGUUUUAGUGUUGACUUUGAUGCUUCAAGAAACUUGUGGUCAUAUCUACAAAAGAUAUUAUUGCGAGACGUCGAAUACGAAGAUGAUGACGACAAUGAUGUGAAACUGAUAUUUAAUGAUGCAAUAGCUUUAAAUUCACAAUUAAGAAUAUAUAGGUAUAGGAAGGGACACCAUUUUGGACAGCACUAUGAUGAGUCGGUGAUAUGUCCCUUGACAGAAGAUAAAAAUAAUCAAAAAGGCAUUACUAAAUGGACAUUGCUCAUAUAUUUGACUGGUGAUGAUGAGUUUAAAGGCGGAGGUACAAUUUUUUAUCCUGAUUACUCGAGUGCUAAGCACUUGAAUGUUCAUCCCAGUAAAGGAAUGGCCUUGUUGCACAAACAUGGUGACGACUGCUUAAGACACGAGGCAGAGCUUGUCGAGGAUGGUGUUAAAUGGGUUUUAAGAAGCGAUGUUGUCUAUCCAUCAUAA